AUUCCUUGUGGUGGUAACAGCAGUAUCCCUUGCAGCAAAGGUUCCUCGGGUUCCAUCGUUUUCGCGGAACAUCAGCAGUCUCGUGUGGUAUUGCACUAGGUGCGCGGCCCUGUGCCUCGUGCAAUUUCGAAAAACGGAAUUUUUCCACUUUCACUCCCACUUUUUCCCGACGGUGCUAUUCCUCUCACUGGUUCGCCUAUGCUGGUUUCGCGUGCAGCACGGUCGUAAGCGUUGUAUCUGUCAGUUUUCCCGGAGACGUUCAGCCCAUCAUAUUGUACGGUGCUUGACAUUGCACGAAAUGUUUGGGUGGCCGUCGAGUUAACGUUGCCCAGAUUUCCGGGGGAAAAAUCGUUCGGGCCUGUGUGUACGUGUCUCGCGCUGCGUAUACGUGCACGAGGCGUACAGUUUCUGCAUGGUUCCCGGACACAUUCGGAGCCAACUGUCGGAGUAAUAGAGGCAUGCACGUCCUCCGUCCCGCACGAUGUCACCCGAAUCGUCACGAACGGACGCACCAGCGGCGACUAUUCCCGCACAGAUAACUCGGUCCUCUUGUUAUUUCAACUCGUACGGCUCGGACAUCGUUCGCUCCGUUAACUUGUUAUCGUUCGCCGUUUCUUCUUGCGCUCAGAAAUUAUACACACGCGAUUAGCACGUUCGAACGCGGAGCGCACCGUUCAAAUCUCGUUCGGACGUCUCGGCGGUCACCGGCGGAAACUGAGGGCCACCUACUGUUCUUCCGGUUCAGUUGAACCGGAAGUUGCGGAACCAGGCGGAACUACAAGGUUUACGAAACUGGGUUUCAAAUUUGAAGUUUCACAGAAUCUCGUUUGACGUUUAAUUAAAUUCCGAGUGAUGAGGCUCAUGAGAAUUUUGAUCGUAAUAAUUGUGCGUUGCAUUAUGGUUAGAUGUAACGAUUUUCCGUCCCUCAUAUCCGCGAACGCCACGAUGGCGGUGGUGAUCGACAAGGGUUACUUCAACGACAAAGACGAGCAUCGCAAAGCCGUGGAGUCGAUCCUCGAUCUGAUCGCGGACACCGUGAAGAGGGAAAUGCACAUAGGCGGCAUGGUUGUCACCGCUUUCCAGGACACCAAUGUCAAUCUUCGACAAGAUUACACGAUACUUCUGUCUGUCGCGACUUGCUUCCUGACUUGGCGGUUACACGAGGCUGCGCGUAAGAAUGACCUGAUGCAUUUCGCGAUAACAGAUGCGGACUGUCCCAGGAUCAUGGACACCGACGGCAUAAGCAUCCCCGUGAUCGUGCCCGGCGAGGAACUGUCUCAGAUCUUCCUCGACCUGCGGAUGAUGAACGUUCUAUCCUGGAAUGCGAUCAACAUUCUCCACGACGAUACGUUCGACAGGGACACGAUCAGCAGAGUGAUGAAGUCCAUCUCGGACAAGCUGCCCAACAGGCAUAUGAACCUGGUCUCCAGGUCGAUCUUCACCCUGAAGCAAAACGAGACGGACAGGGUCAGGAAAACUUUGGUGCAGAAAACGCUGAACGACUUUCACGUGGAACAGCUGGGCCACUGUUUCAUGGUGAUCGCUACUAUUGACAUAAUAGCGGACGUCAUGGAAGUGGCGAGGUCCUUGAAGAUGGUGCAUCCUGGGAGCCAGUGGCUAUACGUCAUCACCGACACCGCGGCGCAGAACGCGACCAACAUGACGGCGUUCGUCGAUUUAUUGGCAGAAGGAGGAAACGUGGCGUUCGUGUACAACGCGACCCAUAUCAAUGGAUUCUGCGAAAUCACCCUGACGUAUUACGUGGGCAAACUGAUCACAGCUCUAGCCAGAGCCCUGGAGUAUACGUUGAAGAUCGAGAUCGAACUGUUGAAGAAGAUCGGCGACGAAGAUUUCGAGGUCACGAGGUUAACGAAACGCGAGAGGCGUCUAGAGAUCCUGAGGAACGUUAGAAUUUACACGUCGGACAUGAUCAACGAUGGAUGCCUGUUCUGGAGGCUGUCCACGGCAAUCACAUGGGGGAAUUUCUUCACUCGUGGCAGGGACCAGGCUCACAUACUCGACAUAGGGGUGUGGACGCCGGAAUUCAGCGUCAAUCUGACGGACAUGCUUUUCCCUCACAUCGCCCACGGAUUUCGCGGUAUCACUCUGCCGAUCGCGACGUAUCCCAACCCACCGUGGCAGGUGAUCACAGUGACCAGCACAGGCGAGAAAUCGUACGAGGGUCUAGUGUUCGACGUGGUGAAGCACCUGAGCAAGAGGCUGAACUUCUCGUACACGGUGGUGGCGCCAGAACUGAACAAGACUUCGAACGCCUGGAGCGCGUCGCGUUUCGACAAACUCGGCGACGGGAUGACGAUGUCGAACACCAGACAAAUUCCGACCGAGGUGAUCGAGCUGGUCCGCGAGAAGAAGGUCCUGCUGGCGGCGUGCGCGUACACCGUGAACGAGUACGGGAAGGGCGCCGUCAAUUUCACGGUGCCAAUAUACGUGCAGACCUACAGCUUUCUAACUGCCAGGCCUAGACAGCUGUCAAGGGCGCUUCUAUUCGCGUCGCCGUUCACCAAAGAGACGUGGGCCUGUCUGGCCGUGUCCAUUAUCAUAAUGGGUCCGAUCUUGUACCUGAUCCACAAGUACAGCCCGUUCAGCACGGAGACCUCGGGCCUGAGCUCCUCGUUUCAGUGUGUGUGGUACGUGUACGGGGCGUUGCUUCAACAAGGGGGAAUGUACUUGCCACAGUCAGACAGCGCGCGUCUUUUGAUCGGCAUCUGGUGGUUGAUCGUGAUGGUCGUGGUGGCGACGUAUUCAGGAAGUCUGGUCGCUUUCCUAACGUUCCCGAGGAUGGACGCGUCGAUCCUGAGCGUGGACGAUCUGAUCGCGCGCAGGGACAGGAUGUCGUGGGGCUUCUUAAACGGAAGCUUCCUCGAGGUGUACCUGGAGAACGCGGACGAGAAGAAGUAUCACAUUCUGCUGGCUCGCGCGGAGAUGUACAACGACACGGAGGACGAGCGACUGAUCGAGCGCGUGAAGGAAGGGAAAUUCGCUCUGAUAGACUGGAGGAGCUCCCUCAGGUUCCUGAUGAGGAAAGAUCUGCUGCUAACCGGUGGCUGCCAUUUUUCUCUGAGCACGGACGAGUUCUUAGACGAGCCGAUCGCGAUGAUCAUCCCGCAGGGGAGUCCCUAUUUACCCGUAAUCAACGCGGAGUUGCGCCGCAUGCUCGAAUCUGGACUGAUGCACAAAUGGAUCACGGAGAAGAUGCCGAUAAAAGACAAGUGCUGGGAGAUCGCUAGCAACAAUCAGGUGGUGAACGAGAGGAAAGUGAACGUGGCAGAUAUGCAGGGGAUAUUCUUCGUCCUUUUUAUGGGCGUGACGCUGUCCCUGUUCUUCCUGCUGUGCGAAUUCUACUGGAACAGGCGCAAGGUAUCCAAGGAACGGAAACUGAUUCGUCCAUUCGUCUCGUGA